UACAAACAGAAGGGCAGAGCAGCUGAGGCAGCCCUCAACGUUUACUACUAUCUGACCUACGAGGGAGCAGUUGAUCUUGACGUUGUUACAGAUCCAAUGGAAAGAGCCUCUAUAGAGGCCAUGAUCAAAAAUUUUGGACAAACUCCUUGCCAACUGCUGAAUACUCCUCAUAUGGCAAGGAUCAGUUACUCCGAUUGGGUUUACGAAACUAUGAUCCGACGCCAGUUACCACUCCUGAAUGCCGCUAUCAUCUACAUGAAGACAAAUAUUGAAUCGAAUUCUCGUAGCUGCUCCCCUGAUCGAGGUGAAGGGGAUGCUGGUCCUCCUCGCAAGCUUUCCGUGCGUUUGUCGCGUCGUCGAACCAGAUCUACUUUUACUGGUGAUGAUGAUCUACCUUUCGAAUUGAAUCAGCAUACAAUUGAGGUAUACUUCUCCUAUCACCCAGCACCACGAAGCAAGCACUAUACGCAUCCACCUGCCUUCUGUGCAGUGAGCCCUCAUCAGUUUGUGCAGUUGCGGGAUUUGAAUAUCGAAAUUCCCACCGAACGAACCGCAGGAACAGGCAGCGUAAAGGAAAAACGCGCAUCAAUUUACGAUGGAGUCCUUCUCGAUAAGUCUGCUCGUUCUCGUUUUGUCUCCAAUUUGAAGUUCAUAAUGCCUGCGGCCUCGUCGGCUGCGUCUAUCGGUGCCUCGGCUGGGAGCAACAUCAGCAAUAAUAAUAAUAUUACAGCAACGACUAGCAACCAUCUGACACAUCAAGUGGUGACGGUGGACACCGCUGGAUGGGUUCGACAACAUAUUCUCAUUCCCUUGGCUCAAAAUGAGCCAGGAGCUCUUUCAGAGACGGAACUGUUGAUGCAAAUGCGUGGUUUCCAGAAGAGCCCCUUCAGGGAUGAAGAAGAUGGUGGUUUUGCCAUACCUCAAAUCAGUGUUCCAUCAAUCGAACCUGAGCCAAUUAGUCCAGCACACCUUGAACAAGAGGCUCUUAAAUACACACCUACCAGUACACGUCAACGAUCAUUGGGUCCACUUUUGUAUCCACCCCGUGAACUUACAACAAAAGUGGCCAAAUUGAAGCCCACUUCUCCCUCAGCUCAAGUGCAUGCUAUUUCCACGAACGGUUGCCAUCUUUACUCUGCAGGUCGUUGGGACAACCGAAUCGCUGUCUAUAACACCCAGACAAGUCGUCUAGACACUCUUGUAACCACCCCUCACACUGACAUUAUCACCGCCAUAGCUGUAGACCCAGGCUGUUAUCGAAAAUCAGCCCAACAUGGGUCCGCAUCCCAAUAUCUCAUUACUGGCAGUCGUGAUGGCACUGUCUGUGUCUGGAAUUUCACUCUUUUCUCUGGUAGAAUGACAAAACAGGUCCGUGCUGACCGCACUUUCAUAGAAAUCUUCGAGGCGACUAAGAAACUGGAAACAGAGAGUAGUAAAAGUGCUUUAGCAAACAACGGCUUCGGUAGUAGUUCUAUCAAAUCGAACCAAACUGAUGGCUAUCCAACCGACAUGCAAGAAGAGAUUGUAGCAUGCCUUCAACCUGGAAUGCCCUUUGAUGAUAGCACACUAAACUUUGGCUGUGGAUGUAAGGUGGCCGAUGCGCACACUUCAGGAGGGCGUAAAACUGCAAUGUCGAAUUCGAAUUUCAUGUCUGUUCCUCCGACUGAAGUAGCUAAAGUUAUUAGAUUCUUUCCUGCAGAUGAAAGCGGACGACCGAUAAGUAAUGUCGCCCUCUAUCUAGCUCUAGACAUAGCAAUUUGCGCCUCUAAGGGUUCGAAUAUCCUCAAAAUGUACGCUGUGAAACGAGGGGUUUGGACUCGGCAAGUUGCCCUACCUGACACUGCAAACAUCGAGCAUCUCCUUAUCCACUCUAUCUCUUCCUCAUUCCUUGUCCAAUGGACUAUUAAAGGAGACAGAGGUCGUCAAUUGCGUCUCUCAAGAUUUAAUAUGAAUGGAAGGUGCGUAGCUGAAUCGCCAGUAUUCCAGGAAUACAAAAUUCCUCCUCCAUCGCCCUCAGCUAAUACGCAAGUAACUCAAAUGCUGAUAGAAACUCUUUCUCCUUCUGCCAAUUCAAGAGCAGUUGUCAACCAUAUUCUCCUCUUAUCAACUACAUCGGGUCAUCUAAUUAUGCGAGAAGUGGAGUCCUUAACCCAAUUGCGUGUUUUUUCUAUCGGUGCGCCAAUAGUUCAUAUGAGUAUGACCUUGGGUGUAUACGGUGGCGGGGUCAAUCUGAUUCUCUCACUGGCCAAUAGCGCCUUUGUUAUCGCUUACCCCGGUCUUACGGCACCUCUCAAUACUCUUACCUCUAUUUCAUAUGCGUCAGCUGGACGUUCUAAUGUCACUGCCACAUCAAAUGAAUCUAGAAGUCGAAAAAGCAAUAAUUGA